GUAGAGAAUUAUUAUGUAAGCGACGGAACGCGCGUGGACGAGCGUGGACGAACUUCACGCUAAGACUUGCCCGAUAACUUCACCUCGCCACGACAUUGCACGGCGCGGUGUUUGCACGCUCUUAAAAUGCCCGACUGUGUUGUCGCUCGCGCAUUCAACAUCAAGCAAUGUCUGCUUAUGACACCACUUCUCGCCCGCAGCCUCUCCAGCCAAUAUGGCAGUCCGAGUGCCUUUCGCUCCGAACAAGAAGACAUCAUCAUCUACGAGCUUGGCGCGAGGCACAUAUCUGCCGGCUUCGCGGGCGAGAGUCGGCCACGAUGCGUGGUAUAUUUCAAUCCGGAGCGUGACCGUCGAUUGGGCGACUAUCGCGCAUGCGACUCCAGCUAUCGCAGGAAACGGCGGAAGAUUGGCGAUGUCCACGAGUGGAGCAAAGAGUACGAAUUGUACCGCGUCGACCUGAAGUCCAUCGAUCUUGGACUGGUCGAAGAUCGCCUAGAACGAGCCGUGCGGACCAUCCAGAUUGACCACCUGCAACUCGAUCAAAAAGCGCGGAAGGCUGCUCUUGUCGUGCCUUCACUGCUGCCGACGCCACUCCUGGAUAUUGCGAUGCGAGUCCUGUUCAAUUACUCCACCCAGCCUCCGUCGAUCGUGUUGUUGACUACGCCUGUGAUGGCCUGUGUCGGGGCUGGACUGAGAAAUGCCAUCGUAGUCGACGUGGGCUGGGAGGAGACUGUUGUCACUGCGGUUGGCGAGUACAAAGAAGUAUUUCAACGCCGAAGUGUACGAGCUGGCAGAACGCUGGUCACAGAGAUGUCGCGGUUACUUGAGGAGGAGGUGAAGAAUGGAACGACUAGCCCCGGUGAUGAAACUUCGGACACCGGCAUCGAUUUCGAGUACGCCGAGGAAGUCACGCAACGCAUGGCCUGGUGUCGUGCCCGCUCUCACAAGGCUUCAAAUGCUGAAGCAGGCGGUAUGACAAAGCUACCAGCCCCUGAAUCCGCCUCUGGACCACGAGGUCACAUCCAUCUUCCUUUCACACGACUGUCAAAACCAGCCGAGAAUGCCUUCUUCGCUCCCCUGGACAGCUCUGGUGAUGAUGACCACAGUACUCCCAUUCACACCUUGGUCUACCGAGUCUUACUUGCGCUGCCUGUCGACCUGCGAGCCAUCUGCAUGUCUCGCAUCAUUGUCACAGGUGGAGUGUCAGCUCUUCCUGGCCUCAAACCACGUCUUCUAGAAGAGGUGUCAGAAAUCAUCGCAAAGAGGGGCUGGGAUCCCGUCGACAAUUACGGUAGCGUUGCAGGUCGUCACCCCCGAAAACUGCAAGAGCGGUCUGCCAAUAUUGCAGGGAAUCGCCAACAGGAGGAACUUGAAGUUCCGCUGUCGCCAACGAAAAAGCCCAUCCAGGAGUCCGUACGCCAUGCGGAUCGCAUACACGACGACAAAUACGACAGUAUUACGCUCAAAGCUGAACGUGAGGCCGCGAAAGGGAAGGCGGAAGUGAUCAAGGGUACCGUACGGGGUGUUGAGACAGUGGGCGCAUGGGCUGGAGCGAGCCUCGUGGCUGCGUCGAAGGUCAAGGGUGUGCAUGAGGUUGAGCGAGAAGCGUUCUUGAAGCACGGGUAUCGGGAUGGUGGUGUAGUAAUCUGA